AUGACAAAAGCCAAAUUAGUGGGCGAAGCAGCUGAUUGGUAUACAACUAAUAAAGCAAUAUUGACAAAUUGGAAAGAAUUAAAACCACAAAUGUUGGACCGUUUCAAACCGGUGGUUUCGGCAUCACAAUUAUUCGAUAAGUUGACUAAACGAAAACAAGGCCGGAUGAAUCAAUCAUUGCUUAUUAUGACAAUAUUAUCAAACAAUGUCGUGAAUAUGAUCCCUCAAUAUGAAUUGAAAAUACAAAUGAAACGACAAAUGAGAGCAUCGGACGAACAAACACCACGAAUAUUUUUGCAAAUAGCAAAAGCUGAGGCUGAAUUAUUAUUGGAAGAACAAGCACCAUCUGAAUCGAUACAUGCGUACUUUUCAUGGACUACCAUAUCCACAGUUACACGACCAUCGUUUCAAACACAACCACUGAGACCAUUUUCAUUUCGACCAUACGGAUCACGAGAGUAUUCGAAUCAAAACAUUCGGCAAUUAUCACGUUCACCGUUCAUUCGCACAAGAGAUAUAGUAAGAAACGAACAUCCACAAUCACAGCAAAACGUACCACGGUUAACAACAAAUAUACGAUCACAAGAACAACCGUCAUUAUUAUCACCACAGAUAAGAACAGAAAGACCUACGACACAACAACCAACACAAAGACUGAGGGCAGAUCGGAACACACAACUCCAAGAAUCCAAUCAAUACCGAUUUCAAAGAGGACCACAACAUCAUGCAUGCUUGUCCACAGGUUUUCGAAUAACUGGGGUAUUAGAUGGCGGUACUCCCAGUAAACAACAGCCAUCAAUAUCACCGACAUUAGCAUCGCCAACGUCGACAAGCCCCGUAGUCAUCCGAAUUCAAGUGAAUAAUAAGUCACAGUAUGCAAUCGUCGACACUGGUAGUCCAUUCACUAUAAUUCAUAAAAAUCUCCUGAAACGAAUUUACCAUAAAAAAUUCAUUUAUAAACAUACUUCGUAUUCAUCCGCCAGUUCAUCGUCUAUUAAUAUAAUCGGACAAGUCGAACUGGAGAUUAGAAUAAAUGGUGAAAAAACAUUUAUCACAGCCGAUGUUGCAUCGAACCUAGUCGUGGAAAUAUUACUCGGAAAAGAUUGGAUGACGAAAUAUAAGAUUGUAAUUGACAACGGAGAAAAACACGUGAUAAUGCCGAGGAAAAAUAAUCAAUCAGUUAGAACACCAUUUAUUGAACAACCUGAUAUCCAUUAUCCUGUAUAUUUAACAGAUCAGAUCACCAUACCACCAUUUUCAGAAAAAGUUAUCGAGGCAACAACACAAAUUAAUACUACGAAUAAUCUCGCGUUUGAACCGACAACAAACCUUCAUCGGAAAGGUCUAUUCACCGCCAGUGCAUUACUGAAUGUAAAAAAUCAUGCAACAAAAGUAUUAAUCAUCAAUGCAAAUAAUCGUCAAUUUACUUUAUCGAAACAUACAGAAUUGGGUACAAUAGCAUUUCAGACUGAACCAAUAAUUUGUCAUACAAUUGCAUGUAAACCAAUAAAAGGGAAUGUUCGUUUUCGCACGGACAAAUCCUGUGAAUCCCAAUCGAAAAUCCCAAUUCAUCAGUGUUAUGUAUGUGAGAAAAAUUUUCUAUCUAGAAAUGAUUUACAUGCACAUCUGCGUCAACAAUGUUAUCCAACACAAAUUCGUGAACAUAUUGAUACAAUGACAAAGCAUAUCGAAAACGAGGAUCAACGUGAACAAUUACAAGGUAUUCUAUGGAAAUACGGGCGCUUAUUUGACACACAACCAUCAGUGAUAAAUUACACUUUGGAAGGUGCCAUAAACACGGGUAAUCAUCCUCCUAUUCAUAUACCACCGUAUAGGCAAUCGGGAAAAGAUCAACAACAUAUACAAGAUGAAACGGAUAAAUUAUUGAAACAAGGUAUUAUCGAACCAUCGACAUCCCCGUGGUCCAGUCCAGUCGUAUUGGUAAAGAAAAAAGAUGGUUCGACACGUUUUUGCGUUGAUUAUCGUCGUAUAAAUGAAGUUACGACAAAAGACUCUUUUCCGUACCUAAAAUGGAUGAAAUUUUUGAUCAUACUCCCUCAAGGUUUCACUAACGGUCCACCGUCAUUUCAACGUAUCGUCAAUCAAGCUCUUGGUCCUGCCCGUUGGAAUAUUGCUGACCCAUUGUACAAAUAUGUACCAAAGAAAAAACAGGGAAGGCCAAAACAAACCUCGAUUACACUAUCGGAAAAAGAAUUAGCCGCCUUUCAUGAAUUAAAACACAUUUUAACAUCGGACCUUGUCCUUCGAUUACCAAACAAUCAGUUUCAAUACAAAAUUCAGAUAGAUGCAUCAAAAGUCGGUAUUGGUGCCGUGUUAUUACAGUCUAUCCAGAAGCAACGAUGGUGUACAUCAGAACAAGAAUGUUAUGCAAUUAUUUCAGCGAUCGAAAAAUGGCAUCAGUAUAUAGACGGUGUGGAUUUUGAAGUACAAACCGAUCAUAAACCAUUGAAAUUUCUGAACAAAAAAGCACAAGCCAAUGAUAAAUGUGAACGAUGGCGAUUGAAAUUUCAACAAUAUCCUAUGACAAUUACACAUAUUGAUGGACGUGGUAAUACUAUGCCAGACUAUUUAUCCCGUUCACCUGUUGAUGAUCCAGACGAUGAUCCCGAUGAUUAUGUACACCGAGUAUCAAUAUCGACUCAGACCGAAAAUAAUGAUUUAAGGAUGGUACAUAAAAAACCAAUUGUUACCGCAGUCAGUACCCGUCAGCAAGCGAAACAAAAGUUGAAAAACGAGAAAGAUGACGAGGAUGUUCGAACUUCGGACAACCUUGUAACGAAUUCAAAGAAAGAGGAUGUUUAUCUAAUGGACAAACCUCGUACGGAUCAAGAUAAGCAAGAAACAUUUGUCAAUAAUGAUGAGCAUCUCAUUCAUCCAUUCGAACGUAAUGAUAUUAGACAACAACAGCAGUCAGAUACAAAUACACAAGAAAUAAUCUAUAACAUAAAAAACAAAAAAUAUAAGAAUUACAUCAUUGAAGAUGGUUCAUUAAUGUGGAAACAACAUCCAGAACCGAUACCAGUCAUUCCUAAGCGUAAAAUACGAAAAAGUAUCAUGCAGAUAUAUCAUGACACUCGUGCCAAUGGCUCACAUGUCGGCCGUGAUCGUACAUUAAAGACAAUACGUGAACGUUAUUUUUGGUCGGGGAUGCACAGAGACAUACGAAAAUAUGUACGGUCAUGUUUCAAAUGCCGUCAAAAUAAUCACUGUCGAAGAAAACCAGAUGGACAUCUAAAAUCUAUUCCACCACCAAAGGGUGUAUUUGAAUUAUUGAGUAUGGAUUUCCAUGGUCCUAUCAUGCCGGUAUCAAAAAAUCAAAAUAAAUAUAUUAUUACCAUCACCGAUAAUUUGUUAUUGGUAAACCUGUACGUGAUUGUACAGCUGCAACAGCUGCGAGAUUCCUCCGUGAUGAAGUGA